AUGGGUCAAGUACAGGUGGUCAGUGAAAAGGAGGUGACUCUGCAAAACAUUCAGGAACUCUACCGCAAGUUUGCCAGCGAGUGUCCGAGUGGGAAUCUACACUUACACGAGUUCAAGAAGAUCUUUGGCACCGGCACACCCUGCACAGAAGAAGAGUCAGCGUACAUGGAAAAUGUGUUUCGAUCCUUUGACACAAAUCAGGACGGUAAACUGGACUUCAUGGAGUUCGUAGCCGCCGUGCAUCUGGUUUUUCGUGGAAAACUCGAGGACAAACUGAAGUGGUCUUUCAAAGUGUAUGACAGAAAUGGAAAUGGCUGCCUGGACCGACAGGAAGUACGACACAUCGUCAAAAUCAUCAACAAGAUAAAGAGACACAACGAACCGGAGGUCACUCAGAACAUCGACGACAUCUGCAACAGAAUAUUCGACCAGGUGGACAAGAAUAGAGACAGUCAGAUUUCUCUGGAGGAAUUUAUAGAGGGAGCUGAAAAGGACCCGUGGGUGAUGGAACAGCUCAAACUGGACAUCGCGCCCUGUGAUUGGUUCAUCGAGCAGCAGAGCAAACCCUGA